UUCGCAGAAUGAAAGGCAGAGGUCUCUACGAGUCCCUGAAACGGUUUGCUACACUUCGUUUGGAUCGCCACUAAAUUAGGGUCAAAUGACCGAGAAUGCCUCGUACACAAUGAUAAGAUGCACCUGCAGACGGGAUGAACAAGAGCAACUUGGGUUUGCAGCACACUGAUGUUGUACGUUAAUGACUGAAGUGGAGCAUGGCGUAACAUUGGUUUAAAGUCCCAGAAGAGUUGCCCACGCCUGCUGUCCUGUCCCCGAGUCGCCUCUGAGCAGGGAGAAGCGAGACGCUGCCAAGAUGUUCAGCACCAAAAGGUUGAAGAAGAAAUCCCAGUCAGUGGAUAUUACUGCCCAGGGAUAUACUGGUCCCCUGGUGAAGGAUUCGCAAGCAUCGCAGAUAAACAAGACCACAGCACCGGUUGCCAAGACGACCGUAUCUGCCGAGCAGGAAAACAAUGCGACCAACUCCCAGAAGGUCCGCAGCCCACGGCGCAGUGACCUGAAGCGAUACUACACCAUAGACACCGGCCAGAAGAAGACUCCGGAGAAGAAGGAUGGGCGGCGAAUGUCGUUCCAGAGACCCAAAGGGACCAUGGAAUAUUCCGUGGAAUCAAGGGACACUCUCAACAGCAUCGCACUCAAGUUUGACAGCACGCCCAAUGAGCUCGUCCAGCUUAACAAGCUGUUCUCCAGAGCGGUCGUUCCCGGUCAGGUCCUUUACGUUCCUGACCCUGAGUACAUCUCCAGCGUGGAGAGCUCACCCACCCUGAGUCCCAUCAGCCCUCUCUCUCCCACGUCCUCCGAGGCCGACAUAGAGAAGGUCACCACGGACUCUGAAGGCGUACCCCGGAAGGAAGCCACGCCCUCUCCCGCUCCUCUCCUUCCGCGCCCCGUCCGAGUGGUGUCGUCCACCUCCGAAGAGGAAGAGGCUCUAACUGAGAAAUUCCUCAAAAUCAACUGCAAAUACAUCACAGAUGGCAAGGGUGCAGUCAGCGGGGUCCUGCUGGUGACGCCCAACAACAUCAUGUUCGACCCGCACAAGGCCGACCCGCUGGUGCAGGCGCGCGGGUGCGAGGAGUACGGCAUCAUGUGCCCCCUGGAGGAGGUCACAUCCGCCGCCAUGUUCAAGGAGGUCACCGACAGCAAGAUCCGAGAGUCUGUCCCCCCGGAUCUGGAGCCUCUGUCGUCAGGUCGCGACCCCUGCCAACUGAAGAGAAUACCACGCAGCAACACGGACGAGGCGGAGCUCCGGCAGCGGGACACGGGCAACGACAGCGCCAGCACCGCCCCGCGCAGCACCGAGGAGUCCCUCUCCGAGGACGUCUUCACCGAGUCAGAGCUGUCCCCCAUCCGCGAGGAGCUGGUGUCCUCCGAUGAGCUCCGGCAGGACAAGUCCUCCAACGCCUCGUCCGAGUCCGUGCAGACCGUCAACCAGGCCCAGGAGGCCGCUGCCGAGUGCGGGGGGCCCGUCGGUCAGCCGGAGGGUGAGGGGGACGACCCGGAGCCCAGCCAAAGCGGUGCAGAGUCUCCCACGGCAGUCAGACGCCACAGCGCGGAGCAUGCACCUGACGCCACCGCCAGCAGCGACCCCGCCUCCACCGGCAAGAUGGGGGGGGCCAAGUCGCGCACCACCUCCGAGUCGCAGGGCUCCGACACGGUAGCAGCCAACCCCAACACCCAAGAGGGAACCAAGAAGGGCGAGCUGGCGGGCAAGGGGGCCAGAGACUCGAAGACGGGUGAAGAGGGGGACGUGAGGGAAAGGUGUAAGAGUGAUUCUAUGCAACAAGCCAAAGACCAAGUGGAGAAUGCACAGCCAACCAACAAUAAGGCCACACCAGCCAAGCAGGAGGGUGACCCGGAGCAGCAGAAUCCUGUAGGAGGACUGCUGGUUCCCAAGGAGAAGCGGAGGCACCGGUCACACAAGUUCCUGUGUCUGCGCGUGGGAAAGCCCAUGCGGAAGACGUUCGUGUCCCAUGCCAGCGCUUCCAUGCAGCAGUAUGCCCAGCGGGACAGGAAGCACGAGUACUGGUUUGCCAUCCCGCAGGAGAGAUCGGACCACCUGUACGUGUUCUUCAUCCAGUGGAGUCCUGACAUGUUUGGGGAAGGAAUCGGAGGCCUGGGCCGGGAGCCCGGAUUCACGGUGGUCAAGAAGAACGAGGAGUCAGAAAGAGGGGAGGAUGAUCAGCCCAUCACAGACAUCACGGCCAAGGAGUGGGAGGUAGUGUCAGUGGCUGAGUAUCGGCGGCGGGUCAAUGCGCUAAACAGCGAGGACCUGCGCUCUCUCUGCAGACGUCUCCAGAUCACCACAAAGGAAGACCUCAACUCCAACCAUGGCCCCUCCAUCCAGACAGAGCUGGAACCGGAGACGUUCCGACCGAACCUCAGCGAACCCAGCGACCUCCUGCAGGCGGAUCAGAUAGAGAAGCUGGCAAAGAACCUCCCACCCAGAACCAUUGGAUAUCCUUGGAAUCUGGCCUUCAGCACGUCCAAGCACGGCAUGAGCCUAAAGACGCUGUACCGAACGAUGCAGGGCCAGGACACGCCCGUGCUCCUGGUUAUCAAAGACAGCGACGGGCAGGUGUUUGGGGCACUGGCGUCGGAACCCUUCAAAGUCAGCGACGGGUUUUACGGGACCGGAGAGACUUUCCUCUUCACCUUCUGCCCAGACUUUGAGGUAUUCAAGUGGACAGGCGACAAUAUGUUUUUCAUUAAAGGAGACAUGGACUCUUUGGCUUUUGGUGGUGGGGGGGGCGAGUUUGGUCUCUGGCUGGAUGGAGAUCUUUAUCAUGGCCGGAGUCACUCAUGCAAAACAUUCGGCAAUCCCAUGCUGUCCAAAAAGGAGGACUUCUUUGUGCAGGACAUAGAGAUCUGGUCAUUCGAAUAACGCCCUGCGACGGUCGCAAAGACUUCAACUUGGCUCCCAGGAAGCCUGCUAUGAAAGCAUACUAUGACUAUGCUGACUGUCUGUUACCACUGCGUCCAAUACAGAGCUUCUGUUUGCAAAAUGACUGUUUGUCUAUUUUAUUAACGCUGUGUGUGGCUUGAGUGAGACAGUGUGGAGAGAAGAGACAGUGGGGAAUGGUGGAGUUGAAAGGAUUUGGACGCCUGGAGUUAAGGACCACGGGAGCAUUUACCCUUUACAUGUAGCUGGUAACGGUCAGGUUGGGGACGGUUGUACCCCAAAGAUCUAAGUUUCAGUAGACGCAGUACAUGCCCUCCUGAUAACACACUACAUACGACUCCAACAGGGUUAUGCUAAGGUUGAGCCCUUAACGGUGAUCCAUAGCACCACACUGUCAUUCUGACAGAGGACAAAUUUGAAAAAAGGACAAAUAUUGUAAAUGGAUGCUAAGAGGUUGUAUAAUACAUUAGAUCACAUCAGUACACUGAUAAGGAAGACUUUUUGACAUUUCUCUCUGAGGCUAAGUACAAAUUGUUGUAUUAUAGACCUGUUGUUCACCAUCAGCACACCAUUGUCUCUUAAGCACAAUAGCUAUAAGCAGAAUACCCCUAACCAUGCUGUCAUGUUCUCUUCACUGGGUGUAUGUGUGAGUUGAGCUAACACCGGCUAAUGCUAAGGUCGGAAGCUCUGUGUAGUCUUUGUGGACAGUAACGUGUUGCAAUAGAUUUGUUAAGUAAUAUGCAAAAUGCUGUCAUGUGAUCUCACAUAAUACCAAUGGGUGCUUUGUCCACCUGUUGCCCUGACAACAAGC